AUGGCCGAGUCUUGGCUGAAACUUCUUAGUUCCUGAAAAAAUCUUCGUAAAAAACUGCUGCAGUGCGCCGAUUCAUACGAACCAAUGAUGGUUUAAGUGUACAAAGACGUUGAGAACUGUUGUACCAUCUUCACAGUAUAGUUUAUUUAUUAUCCAUUCAGUUGAAAAGCGAAGAAAUUCCUCUUGAAAGUUGGGUUUGCUUGGCUGAGUUUUGUUGUUGAGGACAGCUCUGCCUGUGCUGUCCUGUACACAUGAGACCAGAAGCAGUGUGUACAUACAUGUGCAUGUGUUUUCCGUACAUUUAACAUUGGCAUGCCUGCCAUUGUGAAGUGACUUGAGUUGGACUAGGAGACGAGUUGUACAUUUCUGUCACCAGCUAGGCUGAGUGUCUGAAGGAGUAUAAAAGGUGUUCCUACGUGGAGACGGAUUGUUUACGUUUUGGAUUUGACAAAAACUGGCAUCGAUUUGCAUUUGCAACAAUAACAUGUCGUUCCUGAGUAACGUGAGAAAGUUCUUCAGAAUAGGAGAUGUAGAGAAGAAGAAAAAGACGUAUAAUAAUAUACGCAGAGACAGGGAUCCAUCAGAGAUCUGGGAGAUAGUCGGAGAACUUGGUGAUGGAGCGUUUGGAAAAGUUUACAAGACCAAGAAUAAGGAAGAUGGGUCAUUUGCCGCCUUGAAACAGGUUGAGAUCAAAGAUGAGGAGGAACUGGACGACUAUAUGGUUGAAAUUGACAUUCUCACCGAAUUCAAACACAAGAAUGUGGUUGGUCUCUAUGAGGCUUUCUUCUAUAAUGAGACGUUAUGGAUGUACAUAGAAUUUUGCGGGGGUGGCGCCCUCGACAGCAUAAUGAUGGAACUAGAGAAGCCGCUCACUGAACCACAGAUUAGAUGUAUCUGCCAUGAGAUGUGUGAGGCAUUAGCGUUCCUUCAUCAAUGUGGCGUCAUCCAUCGCGACUUGAAGGCUGGCAAUGUAUUACUUGCCAUGGAUGGCACGGUCAGAUUAGCUGAUUUUGGUGUUUCUGCCAAAAAUGGUGACCCAAAAGCAAAGAGGGACACAUUCAUUGGCACCCCCUUUUGGAUGGCCCCAGAAGUGAUCUCCUGUGAAACCCUGAAGGAAAAUCCUUACGAUAGCAGUGCUGAUAUCUGGUCUUUCGGUAUCACACUGAUCGAACUAGCUCAGAUGGAACCACCGAACCAUGAGAUGCACCCGAUGAGGGUGCUCAUGAAGAUACACAAGGCCGAUCCCCCCACGCUAGAUGUGCAAUCAAAAUGGUCAAAAGACUUCAACGAUUUCAUACGGAUAUGUUUAAACAAAACUCCUGAAGGCCGGCCAACUGCAAGUGAUCUUUUAAAGCAUCCGUUCAUAAAGAAUGUAACUGAUAACCGUCCAGUGAGGGAACUGAUCGGCGAAGCAAAGGCCGAGAUCACAGAGGUGUUCGAGGACAUACCAGAUGAGACAGAGGUCAAGGUCAAUGGCAUAGAUCUCGAUGCCGAGGGAUCGGAAGACUCCUAUUCUAUGGGCGACAUUUCGGAAAGUCUCGGAGAGCAUCCCGCAACAGACAGACAGGUUUCACAGAAUUCUGUAAAGUCCAUCCCAUCCAUUAAAGAGGAGGAGAUACCAGAACCAGAACCAGAGCCGAAACCGGUACCUGAACCAGAAGUGGAGGAGGAGGAUGAGCCACUUUAUGAAGUCCUUGAAGUCGGGCCAUCAACCCCCACUGGGGAAAGAAAGACUAUGGUAUUCCCAGCGGCACCAGAACCUGAAGAAGUUGAUGAACCCAUUUAUGAAGUUUUAGAGGUUGAAGAUGGGAAAAUGGAGCCUCACCUGCCAGAAAAUGAUGUGCCAAAUAAACGGGAAGAACCAGCGUCACCUUGUGGCGUGGUGGUAACUACGCCAGUUGAAGACAACGGACCGGCAAAUAUUGCUGGCGAGGUGCAUAUACUGCCUCCUGGUGACGAGAUCCUGACGCCUGGACAUGAGGAUGUCACGUCAACGAAGGAUGAUGAAAUCUUGCCAAGUAGUGAAAUAUCAGAUUCUGCCAUAUCAAUGUCCGAGUCGCCAGGACGGCAACCUCAAACUGAUGACGAACUGCCAGACGACAAAGAAGAUAUCGACAGCUCUCCGGUGGAGGAGAGAAAGGAACCCUCUGUCCCUGCGACAGACGCCAUCGACGGCAGCCUCGAUCACGAUGCAUUGGUUGAUAGUUUGAAAAAGGUAACUGAAGAUGAUGGAGACAAAACUAGCAUCAAGGAAGAAACGAUCACCAUGGGGGAUGAGGAUAAGGAGGAGGAAAAACCGGACGCACCUGUCGCAGUCGCCGUUGUGGCGCCGCCGGAACCGGACGAGGUACGAGAGGACGUGGUUGAGGAUGUCGUGACGGAGAUCGUUGACGAUGUGAUCCGAUCGGACCAGGACGUGCCGUCUGUGCCGCAGGUCGUCAUGGAGAGCUUUGAUGAGUUAGUGCAAGAAGAUAUCAAUGCACAGAAGCAAAACAAUGAGGAACCAUCCGAGCCUGUCCAAGAUACUGACCUCCUAGUCACCGAUAUCGAUACUGAGAUUACCAAGUUACAAGAUGGAGAGGAUAGAUCUGAGGAGGUCAAGGUCGUAGUGCCCUCUGUCAUUGUGACGCCAGAUCAACCGAGAGAGGAGGUUCACAAACCGAGUACACCACAGUUGGAUAGGUUAUCCAAUGAGCAGAAAUCUGACUCUGGUAGUCAAGAGACGAUAAGCAGUGCUGGUGACACAAUGAUCGUGGUUGAUGACCGACAGCCCAAGGAGCAGAACGCCGUCACCAGGAGGAAGGACAAAAAUGAACAGCAGAAAAAAGAGGUUAAAGUUAGUUUUGGGAUCGCACUCCCUCACAAAACACCUACUAUGCAAGCCAAGAGUCAGUACCGGACGUUGACCAAGACGCGGAAAUAUAUCGUCGAUGGUGUCAUUGUCACGUCCACUACGUCCAAGGUUGUGCUCGUCGGCGAGGAGAAUAGGACGAAGGAAGAAUUUGAAAACAAAAAGCAAGAUCUCCGUGAACUGAAGGUGCUACAGAAACAAGAAAACAAGGCGUAUCAAGACCUGGUGUUAAAGGCGCAGUACAUGCGCCAGCAGGAAGAGCGGCGCUAUGACUUGGAAAUGCAGGCAUUGCUGCGUAGCUUUGAAGCAGAUAUCGAGGCAUUGAAUAAACAGCAGAAACAACAAGUCGAGAAAGCCGAGAUCACGCAGGGUCUUGACUUGAAGUUGGCUUCCAAGAAAAUCAAACAGGACCAGGACCGGGAGGUGCGCAUGUUCCACGAGACGCUGAAACAGGAGCAGAAGCUUCUGAAACAAGAGGUGGACAUGAUGCCAAAGGACCAGCGGAAGGAUGUGCUACGUAGGCGGCGAGAGGAGAAGGAUAUCGAACACCAAGAGAGGGAGCGACAUUUCUUGGAACAACAACAAGAGUCGUUUGACAAGAAGAUGAAGCGACUUUCUGAUCAGCAUCGGGAAAAGAUCGCACUUCUGGAGAAACAGUUCUUGCAACAAAAACAACAAUUGCUCAGAGCUCGUGAGGCGGCCAUUUGGGAAAUGGAGGAACGCCACCAGCAUGAGAAGCAUCAGCUUGCCAAGCGCCAGUUGAAGGACAUGUUCUUCUUGAAGAGACAUCAGAUGUUGACUCGACAUGAUAAGGAACUUGCUCAGAUUAAACGAAUCAACGGCAGGAAAGAGGAAGAGCUCCUCCGACGCCAGGCGAUCGAGAAGAAACGUAUGCCCAAGAUCCAGAAGGGCGAGAUGAAGACCCGGGCACAGAUCUUCAAGCAGAGUCUUCGCAUCAGUAUGGUGAUCAACGCUGAUGAGGAGAGGGAUAAGAUUCGACAGUUUGAAGAGAAUGAGAAGAAGCGUGUGAAAGCUGAGCAGCUUCGCCAGGAGCUCAAACACAAGAAGCAGUGGGACGAACUCACAAACAAAAAUAUGACGCAACUUCGAGAGUUGGAGCAGCUUCAGGCUGAGAAGAGGAAAAUGCUCAUGGAGCAAGAAACCCAGAAAAUCCAGGAAUUGGAUGAUCAUUAUGAGAAUGAGCUGGUCGAGUGGCGAUCAAAGCUUCAGCCAAGGAAGCAGCAACUGGAGGAAGAAUUUGCGCGGCAGAGAGAAAAGCAGGAAAAAUUUUACGGCGGAACGAUACCUAACGGUGGUGCCGCAAAUCUUACGCCGAAUGAAAUGCGACGAUUGAAUUCAACCAGUGGUUCUCGAGCAUCUACCGUGCUAUGAUAACAUUAACCUUACAUUGGUGCCACUUUCAGACUAUGAAUUGGAUUCAUCUACACAAGACGUUUCAUAUGUUAUCUGUGAAAAUUUGCAAUUUUCGUGGAUUUUGACAUGUGAUUAUAAUCAGUUUGCGUGGACUCGUAGCGGGGUAUACAAUUGUAUGGUUCAAGGCUAGGGGACUAGUCUUGGAGGAACAAGGACCAGGGGUUUUGUAUGAGAUUUCAAUGAGGACUUCUGGAGCCCGAAGAAGAACCUUGAUUUCAAGGCGUACCUUGUGAUAAUGCUGAAUGCUGACAAUGGUGAAAUGUUUUUUUCAAAGUGGUGCAUUAUCACUACAAAAGUUGGAUAAAUCUUAACACAAUUCGAAAGAAAGUUAAUUGCAUGAUCAUCACCAAUGUCAUGACUUUCUCAGUUUUGUGAGAAAGUUUGCUUGAGAAAAAUAUUUCAUCGAAGGACAUUUCACAAUUGGCAGUAGCUACCUUAACAAUCAUAAAUUCUAAUAAAUCAUUCAUACAAUUUUAAUAUUAGGUAUUUAUUGAGUCUGGGGACCACUUUGAGUGCCCGGCAAACUGUCUUAACUAAUGCAUGUAAAUAGCUGAAACUAUAUAAAACACAAGUAUUGUGGAACUAAUAGUAAUAGCUUUGAUUUGUGUCCGCAAUUAUGUGGUUACAGAUUUAUGUAUCAAUUUAAUUGAUUGUAUAGAAUAUUUCAUUCUAAUUGAACCGAGUCUUGUGUACAUUUGGCGAUCAGGGUUUCUAUCAGCAGGUGUGGAGGAGAACAAUUCCCGCUACAAAUUUGGCGACUCUUGUCCCAGUGCGGGGAAAAUUUUCCUUCCCGACCUUCUGGUUGUGACAUUGUCCUCGAAGGACACCACGAAUUCAAACACCACAGCUUCUCUCUGUCUGCGUCAAGUCAUUAGCUCACCUAAGCCAGUCACCUGGUGGGAAAAAAACAUGUAUGCAUGAUUUUUUCCUAGCUGCCUUUUUUCACCAUUUGUCCAACGUGUAUAUUGCUGAUGGAAACCCUGUUCAUCUGUUAGAGUUCUUGUUCAUGUGAGAAGCACCGAUAUAUUUUGCUCCAAACGUCUGGUACAGUUCUUGUAUCAUGUUUUCUUUUGCGUCAAUCAAGGUACCGUCUUUGUAUCAAAAUAGAUCAAAAGGUGGGUUCAGUUGGUGUCUUCAUUGCUCUGUAUUCCAAUCUACUUACUCUUUAUGAUUAAAUUUCAAGGACGUGGGGGGAUUGUGGUGAUCACCACAGCUUUAUUUUGAAUGACCUCAGAAUGUUUAGAGAAGAUUUUUCGUACAGAAGGAAAAAUGAGAAUUGCAGUCUAUUUUGAGCAUAAUAAUAUAUUCACGAGAUUAUAUAAAAUUGUUCACUAUCAUUACCAGGAACUCCUUUUCUAAAGAGAAUGUAUAACUGUUCUUGGUCAGGUUAUUGUAAAGAUUAAUGCACACCACGAAACAAUUCACUUACUCAAAUUCAAGCCUUCUGACUUUUCCGUAUCAUUUGUUUGUUGAUACCUUAAGUAAGCAAUCAUUGUGUUGGUGAUUCAAUCAUCCGAGAUGUUAUCAAUAUGUCUUGAUAGUUGUCUUGUAAUUUCAUGAUCACUACCAUCAUGCAAGUGCUUUUGUGGUGUUCAGAAGAUUUAUUGCAAUUCAUUCCAAUAGAGUGGUUGUUCAGAGAGGGUGGUGACCUUAAACUGGUAAAUAGGGACAAGACCUUUGACCUUAUAGAAGAUGGCUGUGACCUUGACCCCAUUAAAUUCAUCCUUCAGUGGUAGUUAUAUUCGAGAAUUUAACUCUUGGUCAUUUGUGAUUGCCAUAGAUGUCCGCUCAAUUUACCGAGAGCAAAUUGUGAAUUGUUGACGUGUAAAUAUUUUGAAGUAUUCAGUAUUGAUGAUCCCACCUUUUAGUUGUGAUUCUGCCAUUCCUGAUUAUAUUGUCAUAGUCGUUAUGAUGAUGAUUGAAGUUAACAUACUGGUUACAGGCAACAAUAGACUGAAUGGGGUAAAGAGGACUUAUUAUGCCUCAUUCUAGCCACAAAAGAUUUCAGCAAACCAUUAUUGCCGUAACCUGUAUAUUCAGUGAUAUGUUGAUUGGUCAGUCUUACUUCAAGUAGUAUGCUGGUCACCCAAUCAAAUAUCACUCGCUAACGCUUGAUGUUUUCAAAAGAUGUUGCUCAGAGAACCAAUUUCUGAAGAAGCUUUCGUAAUGCACUAAAAAAUGUGGCUUGCUUUGAGAAGUUUAUACCGAGAUCAAAAUGACCAGAUUCAUCUUCAAGCUAUUGCUACCUGGUAUGAUAGAUUGUGUAAUUUGCUCAGAGUCAGCCUGGCUCUUGCUUCAUAACUAAGAUUACGUUUUCCUUGAUUGAAAAUCUCAAACUCUGUCAACAAUAGAAAGCUUAAUCUCAAUGCUUUAUUAGACCUUAGACUGUUGCCGUGCAUGGUUGAUUAUGUCACAUUCUGAGAUGUUUAUACCACCCCUGAUCGGGUGAAGCAUCUGAGGGUGGCUUCGGUCUCUUUUUGCGCUCUUUUCAUAUGUUUGUUCCGUGUUUCAGUACUUGUCCAUUCCCUGUCCAACCGGUGGUCGUUCUGUCCUGUCAUGAGUUGUUCACUUGCUGCAAUAUCUAAUUAAUGUAUGAUUAUGUUAGGACAUCUUUCAUGAAAAAUUAUUCCAAGCAAAAACGUGUUGUGGCACAAGCAAAAGCAAUAUACCUGAACAGCGUAGCCCUUUAGAAUCAUUUGAAACUUCAUGUGCUCCAUGGUAUCAAGAACCCUUUUGUUGAUGUGAAGUGAUGGUCCUAUUUUACUGUGUGUUGCUUGUCUGAAUGAUAGAUUUUGAAGCAAUGGAGUUUAAAGGGUGUUAUUUCUCUAUACCAAUAAGUAUUUAUAUGCAAGGAGAGAAAAACAUAAUCUGGACCUACAUGUAUGAUGUUAGGCACUUUCUUGAUGGACAAGCUCUCACUGCGUCUAUAAGUGUUCAUUGUCUUCUGUGCAUGAGCUCUGUUCAUACUUACUCUUGGUCAGCCUUUCCUUUGUCGUUCUCUCAUCCUAAAUCCACAAUGAUAGAUAUACCUUACAAUAUUGUAAUUAUGUUGUAAAAUGCAAAGCGAUAGAAUUUAAAAAUAAACGAAAAUAAUUAUAUGAAA